UCGCAACAAAGGAAUCUCCCGCUCGUGAAUUCGACCAAUGGCCUUGAAGCGACAUCGAUGCUGCUCCGACACCUGCAGCGGGCGACCUUCGCCACGAAGCGCUUGCCGCUCGAGAAGCAGCGCGCGUUCGUCGACGUCGUCCGCGUCUUCCGCGACCUCCAGGCACCGACCUCGGACUACACGCUGCUGCCAGCUGUCUUUCGCGUGCCAGAUGCAGCACCUUGGCCACCGGCGGCUUGGUCGACGACCGUCUCCGUCUACCACGUGCGCGCCGCGUACGAGCAAGGCACGCUCGCGCCCGAGAUCAUCGACGAGCUUAAGCAGCUGCGGUUCGUAUGGCGCCAGCGUGAGCACGUCUGGGAGCGCAACCUCGAAGCGCUCGAGGCGUACAAAGCCCGGUUCGGCUCGCUGCACAUCGUGCCGAGCUUUACCAUCGCUGCCGACGACACGUCGUGGCCCAAGGACUUGCGCGGCCUUCAACUCGGCAUGGUCGUGUACAGCUUUCGCCGGCUCGCGCAGCAAGGCGCCUUGCCCAUCGCGAAGCGUCGCGUCCUGGAUGCAAUGGGGUUUGUGUGGCACGUGCGCGUGUGGCAGUGGGAGAAGAAGCUGCUCGCGCUCGCCACGUACCGCAAGAUCUAUGGCAACCUCCACGUCCCCCGAGACUUUGUCGUGCCCGUGCACGACGGCUGGCCGCCCGAGAUUUGGCAGCUAAGACUCGGCGACGCAGUCGCGACCUUCCGCCACCACGCCGACGCGCUGCCGUCCGAGCGCAUGGACGCCCUCAACGCCCUCGACUUUGUAUGGGACAUGAACGAGGCCGAGUGGGACCGGAAGCUGCGCGCGCUCACAACCUACAAAGCGCUGUAUGGCCAUGUCGAUGUGCCCCAAGGCUUCCUCGUACCUGAAGACGACCUCGAGUGGCCGCGCGAUGUGUGGGAGAUGGAGCUUGGUCACGUUGUCGCCAACCUCCGCGCCAGCGAGACGCUCUCUGACGAGCGACGGGCUGCGCUCAACGCGCUCGGCUUUGCGUGGCAGUACUUUGAGGCCGAGUGGGCGCGCAAGCUCCAAGCCCUCGCGCACUACAAGGCGCUGUAUGGUACGACGAACGUGCCGACUACGUUUACGGUCCCGCAGAACGACAAGAGGUGGCCCGACCGACUGUGGUGGAUGCCGCUUGGCCUCAUCGUCCAGCGGCUGCGUGCGCAGCGUCACGACGGCCUCACGGACGCGCGCCGCGCCGACCUCGACCGCCUCGGGUUUGCUUGGACACGAAACAAGCAAACUAGUUGAAAAGACUCGAAGAGCACCGAGCUCGUACAGCUCGUAGCGCGUAAUAGCAAUGUGUCUACUGUUGCUCGAAUGCUGAAGAGUACUACAGAG